GGACGUUUCGGACAUACAGCCGACAUAUUACUACUCAACUGUUUUUUAAAUAAUAUCCAGGCGAACUGGAAUCUAUUUUGUUUGUUUUUGGAUCUAGGCAGAGAAGUUGCUGAAGUAGAUGUAGUCUGUUUUUUAAGUUACUUUUUUAGUUUUGUUAUUUUUAGUUUUCGUUGUACUUUGUUUGAGUUGCGGAUUUAUCAACAGUUUAGAAAUGGAGCCAAGGAGAACUAGGAGCUCCAUUAUUCACCUGCCUUUAAGGUCCAGUAGGAAUACUAGGAUGGUCAAGUCUACACGUGUGCCUUCCCAUGAAUUGGCCAAAUUGAAAACCUCCAAGCCGAUGUUGGUGAUUCCCCAACCUGUGUUAAGGAUCCAUGAGUGCCUUGAUGAAAAUGUAAGGAUGGCGCAAGUUGAAUCAAAUGCCUAUAUUGCAUUGGGGAUCAAAGAAGAACCAAUUGACGAGGAAUAUGAUGCUGAAGGAAGACAUUAUGAAGAAGCGAAUUUUGCCACACUAGAGAGCUUUAAUAACGAAAAAUCUUCUGCUCCAGACCAUCUAUUGGAAGAAACUGAGUUUGAAGAUAUGAGAACCACAAGAGCCUCAAAAAGAAGAAGAUUGGCAGGUGUAACUGGAAAUCUGGAAAACAAUGAAGAUGACAACAAUAACAGAAACAAGAAAAAAAAUAAAAGAAAAACAGUGAGAGGAAAUAAAGGAGAAGGAAACGAAGAGUUCCGUCCAAUUGUAGUGAACGUUCGGUCACUAGCACCUGUUGAACCAAGUUCGGAGCUUUCUGAUUAUACAAAUCCAUCAAGUUUGUUAUUGGUGCAAUCUAAAGAAUCUGUUGCCGAAGUUAUUGAAGGCAACAAUAAUAUCGAGACAGAAAUUUUCACGUCUUCCAAAAAUGAUGAACAAAACAAACUGAAGGAAAACCAUGAGGAUGCUCCCGCGCUACUAGAAAACUGCUUAUCUUCUAAAAUUUUAGUUAUUAAUAAGAGCGAUGGCAUCAAAAACCUAAUAGAUGUUGUCGAAAAGUCCAUUCAAGUGCCUUCUAAGGAGUCUACUCCUGAAAAUGGAACGGUGUCCUCGCCGGCCUUACCCGAAGAUGCAGUGAAUCAAACAGAGAACGAUUUGUCUUUAUCGACAAUUGUUGAAGAGGAAGAAUCGACUUCGUCAUCUGAAGAGGAAUUUGAGACAGAAAAUACUCCUAAGCUGUGGGUCCUUAAGGAAGAAGAAAGGCGUACCUUGACCUGCAGCGUCUGUAAAAAAAAGUGCUCUCGCACUUCGAUAUUGACAGCCCACAAGAAAAAGCAUUUCGAUACCAACACUUACUUUUGUACGCAUUGCAACAAAACUUUCAGCAGCGAGAGCAGUUACAAGCACCAUAUCGCGUACUCCGGAUUGGCACCCUUCAAGUGUGACCAAUGUCACAAGAGUUACUAUACUGAACAAAAAGCCGAGGCUCAUCGCGCGCAGUGUCAGGGAAAAAAUACUGAGCGCAAGUACCAUUGCGAGGAAUGUGGAAGAUCUUACGUAAUGCUCUGCUCUUUAAGGACACACAUCCGUGAACGUCAUUCUGACUUUAAACCGGUCAAGAACUUGUGUUGCGAGCUGUGUGGCAAGCGUUUCAGACACAAAAAGUAUCUCGAGUUGCACAUGUACAGUCAUAGCUCCGAGAAGAAGUUCGAAUGCGAUGUAUGCCACCGAAAGUACAAAUCGAGCGAUAUCCUGCGUCAUCAUGUACGUAUGGUGCAUAAGAACCUACCCCGAGUGACAUGUGACAUUUGUCACAAGGAAGUGAGCCGCGUUUCACUCAAGGCACACAUUAAUCGGCACCGUGAAAAGAAGGAAGAAGAAGAAGAAAGUGCUCGCCAUUUACUCAGCCUUAGCCUUACCGCCGAUGGCAAUGCACCUUCAUGUCGGGUGUGUGCCAAGUACUUUGAAAGUGAAAAACUUCUCGAGAUGCACGCCUGCGAAGGGCAGAAAGGUGGCACAUCUUUUCCGUGUCAGCACUGUGGUGAAUCAUUUCCUUCGGCUACAGAACUAGUAGGACACGGCUGCGAAGGACUUGAUAAUUCAAAGUCGAGAAAUACGGCAAAAAUCUACAAGUGUAUUUUCUGCAAUCGGGAAUACGGGUGUCAUACGCCAUAUCUGUACCAUGUGCGUCACCACACGAACGACAAGCCUUAUCCCUGUCCGGAAUGCGAUAAAUCUUUUCGUCUAAAGCAGGGAUUGAAGGUGCACAUGAGAAACCAUACGGGCGAAAAGCCUUUCAAGUGUGAUCAAUGCCCGGCUGCUUUCAAACAGAAACCGUUCUUGUUGGAUCACAUGAACACACAUACAGGGAACAAACCAUACGAAUGCCAAAAGUGCCAUGCCCGCUUUUCUGUACGCUCUGCCUUGUCUACCCAUAAACGAAUUCAUCGUCGAGAACUGAAGCGCAAUUCCGAACUUGAAGCGGCUUCUUCAUCCUAAAUUCCAGGCAUUCAUUCCGAUUACGCAUUUACCUACGGGACCAAUUCUCUUCCGUUGUUUGAGAUUUUUAAAAAUGAAAUAUUAUUAAUACUUGGCAAGUUUCUUGUUCUACAUAUUGAGUGCCUUUGUCGAUCUACCGUUUUGGUAGAAUUAUUUUACUCCCACCACCCCGCACAAUUGUUAGUUUUAGUCUGUUCACAAUCGAAUAUUUUCGUAGGUUUCUAAUAAACCACUAGGGCAGUUCA